UCUAUUUCCCGCCAAAGUUGAAGUAAGGAAAGUGUUACGUUCGUAAUAAAAGGAUAUGUAAUGAACGUAUAGAGACCAACUAUCACAAAAUGGUACUACAGAACUCUGGCCGGUUCAAGAACGAGAGGGGCCAAGGUUCCGGCGAAUCAACUGGCCGAGAAGACAGCACUGAAAAACGAUUGAGCAGAGCGACCUUGAAUGAUGAAAUUGACGUUCGAUUCGGGUUUGAUAGGUACAAGGAUCCCCAGGAGAAAACAGGAUGGCUCAUCAAUAUGCAUCCAACUGACGUCCUUGAUGAAGAUAAGCGUCUGGUCAGUGCUGUUGAUUAUUAUUUUAUUCAGGAAGAUGGAUCACGGUUUAAGGUGACGCUGCCUUUCAAGGCUUACUUCUAUGUGGCCACGAAGCAAGACUGUGAGCGAGAGGUCGCCUCUUUCUUGACACGCAAGUUCUCUGGGAAAAUAGCCACUAUCGAAAGUGUUGUGAAAGAAGAUCUUGACCUGCACAACCACCUGGUGGGGUUGAAGCACAAGUACCUGAAGUUGUCGUUCCUCAGUGUGGAGGAUCUGAUGAAGGUGAAGAGGGAGAUCUUUCCUGCCGUCAGGAAAAACAAAGAGAGGGAGAAGCAGAACGAGGCCUACACAGCCAUGCUGACCAGCCACCUGACGGGGGAAGAUGGAGUCUCCAAGAAGAUAGCAGACCAGAUGGACAACAUCAUUGACAUCAGGGAGUAUGAUGUCCCCUACCAUGUUCGAGUCUCCAUUGACCUGAAGAUCUUCGUGGGUCACUGGUACUCUUUAAGGGGGAGAGGAGGUGCCCCGCCCGAGAUACGGCAGCGAGAAGAUCUAGUUGACAGACCGGAUCCAGUGGUGUUGGCGUACGACAUUGAAACAACAAAACUACCCUUGAAAUUCCCUGACGCCCAGAUAGACCAGAUAAUGAUGAUAUCCUACAUGAUAGAUGGUCAGGGAUAUUUGAUAUGUAACAGGGAGAUAGUUUCUCAAGAUGUGGAAGACUUCGAGUACACGCCGAGACCAGAGUUUGAGGGGCCCUUCAUUGUGUUCAAUGAACCAGACGAGGUUUCACUAAUCAGGAAAUUCUUCGAGCAUUUCCAGGAAGUGCGGCCCCAAAUCUGUGUAACAUACAACGGAGACUUCUUCGAUUGGCCCUUUGUGGAGGCGCGGGCAGCAGCCCAUGACAUGGACAUGUUUCGGGAAAUCGGCUUCCAGAAGGACAAUCAGGGGGAAUACAAGUCCAGGCACUCUAUACACAUGGACUGCUUCAGAUGGGUGAAACGAGACAGCUACCUGCCAGUUGGAAGUCAGAAUCUGAAGGCGGUUGCCAAGGCCAAGUUGUGCUACGAUCCUGUGGAGCUAGAUCCGGAAGAGAUGUGUCGGAUGGCAAGCGAGGAGCCCCAGGUGUUGGCGAACUACUCCGUGUCAGACGCAGUCGCGACGUACUACCUCUACGUCAAAUAUGUCCACCCCUUCAUCUUUGCCCUGUGUACCAUCAUCCCCAUGGAGCCGGAUGAGGUAUUGCGGAAGGGCUCCGGGACUCUGUGUGAGGCUCUCCUGAUGGUGCAGGCCUACCACGCUAACAUCGUCUUCCCCAACAAGCAGGAGUCGGUGCUGAACAAGCUGACAGAGGAUGGACACGUGCUGGACUCGGAGACCUACGUCGGUGGCCACGUCGAGGCGUUGGAAUCUGGGGUGUUCCGGUCUGACAUUCCAUGCAGGUUCAGAAUGGUGCCGGAAGCUUUCCAGACACUGAUUGACAGCGUGGAGCGGACAAUGAAGCACGCCAUCGAGGUGGAGGAGAAAAUACCUCUCAACACAGUCACCAACUUUGACGAGGUGUGCAGUGACAUUGCUGAGAAGUUGGAGAUGUUACGAGACUGCCCCAACCGUUUGGAGAACCCCAUCAUCUACCAUCUUGAUGUGGACGCCAUGUACCCAAACAUCAUCCUCACUAACAGAUUGCAGCCUCCAGCCAUUGUUGCUGUGACCUGUGCUGCCUGUGACUUCAACAAACCGGAAGCCCUCUGUCAGCGGAAGAUGCCGUGGAUGUGGAGGGAGAGUUCAGUAAUGCCAUCACGGAAUGAGUUUCAUCGCAUUCAACAACAGUUGGAGAAACGAGGUUCCCCAUACUUCCCAGGGGAACCGAGGGCGCUCCAUGAACUGCCGAAAGAGGAACAAGCUGCCAUAGAGAAGAAACGUUUGGCAGAGUACUGUCGAAAGUACAAGAAGACCAAAAUAACCCGAAUGGAAGAAAGAACAGCUACCAUCUGCCAGCGAGAAAACUCCUUCCGUGGACACCGCGUAUGAAGCUUCCGUGAUCGACGGUAUGAGUUCAAGGGUCUGACCAAAGUUUGGAAGAAGAAGCUGAGUGAGGCUGAGGCGAAGAAAGAUGCAGUAGAGGCGGUUGGAAAUAGCGCAUGGUGGUGCUGUAACGACUCUCUGCAACUGGCUCACAAGUGCAUCCUCAACUCCUUCUAUGGCUACGUUAUGAGGAAGGGAGCUCGCUGGUACAGCAUGGAGAUGGCGGGUAUUGUUUGUUUCACUGGCAACAUCAUCAAAAGCCAGGAGAUAGUCGAACAAAUUGGUCGCCCAUUGGAGUUGGACACAGAUGGAAUCUGGUGCGUUUUGCCGGCAACGUUCCCUGAGAAUUAUGUUGUCAAGACAACUAAUCCAAAGAAGGCCAAGGUUACUAUAUCUUACCCUGGCGCCAUGCUCAAUGUGAUGGUCAAGGACCACUUCACCAACCACCAGUACCAGGAGUUGGAGGAUCACAACUCUCUCAGCUACUCCCCAAGCAGUGAGAACUCCAUCUUCUUUGAGGUGGACGGACCGCAUCUGGCCAUGAUCCUGCCUGCCUCCAAAGAGGAGGGCAAGAAACUGAAGAAGAGAUAUGCAGUGUUUAACUUUGAUGGCUCUCUGGCUGAGCUGAAGGGAUUUGAAGUUAAACGUCGUGGAGAACUGCAGCUCAUCAAGAUCUUCCAGUCGUCGGUGUUCGAGGCGUUUCUGAAAGGCACUACACUUGAGGAGUGUUAUGAUGCUGUGGCAAAGAUCGCGGACUACUGGCUGGACGUGUUGUACAGCAAGGCUGCAAACAUGCCCGACUCCGAACUGUUUGAACUCAUCGCUGAAAACCGUAGCAUGUCCCGUAAACUGGACGACUACGGCCAGCAGAAGUCAACGUCCAUUAGCACAGCUAAGAGACUAGCAGAGUUCCUGGGAGAUCAGAUGGUGAAGGAUGCUGGACUGGCUUGUCGAUUCAUCAUUGCCAAGAAACCCGAGGGUGCCCCAGUAACUGAGAGAGCUAUUCCUUUAGCUAUAUUCCAAGCUGAACCUAGCGUCAAAAAACACUUCUUGAGAAAAUGGUUGAAGAAAGCUGAUAUGUCCCACUUUGAUAUACGAGAGAUCCUCGACUGGGAGUACUACAUCGAGAGGCUGGGUGGCACCAUCAUGAAGAUCGUCACAAUCCCAGCAGCCCUUCAGCAGGUGCCAAAUCCUGUGCCUCGUAUUCCUCAUCCAGUCUGGCUACACAAGAAACUUCUCGAAAGGAAUGAUGUCUUCAAACAGAAGAAAAUCAGUGAGAUCUUUGCACCAAUGGCAAAAAAGACAACCCAGAUGGGGAUGGAAGAGGACUCGGAGGACAUGGUAUCGUCGUCCCAGAAUGGCAUAGGGGACAUAGAGGACAUCGGAGGACGUACACCCAGGUCAGGGAUGGCUGUGUCCCACAAGAGGAAGCGGGGCAACUCUGACACAGACACGCCAAACACGCAGCUGGACUCGCAGACGUCUGAUCUGUCCCAGAGCUGGAGGGAUGUACUUGGUGCUCCCCCUCCCAUGGGUAAUACAAGGGAGGAGAGGAAUGUAUGGCUGGAGUACCACAAGAAGAAGUGGCAGAUGCAGGCUAAGGAGAAGCAGGAGAGGAAGAGGCGGAGACUGGACUUCGACACCCCAGUCACUGCUGCCCUGCCAGCUCGGGGUCUGGGUGGAUUCCUGCGACGGACGGCUCGUAGUAUGAUGGACAUGCCGUGGCAGAUUGUCCAGUUAAUGGAGACCAGCCUACCUGGCCAGUAUAGACUGUGGGCCGUCAUCGGCAACGACCUCCACUCCAUCAAACUAAACAUCCCACGCAUCUUCUUUGUGAACCAGAAGAAUCCCAAGGAUGGGGAGGGACCCAUGUGGCGUAAGGUACAGAAGACCCUGCCGCGAUCACACCCCGUGUUCCAUCUGUACCAGUACUCUGUUCCAGAACACAUUUACCAGGAACAUACUAAUGAUAUGAACGCUGACCUGUCGUCCCCCGACAUUGAAGGUGUGUACGAGACACAGGUUCCCCUUCUCUUCCGUGCCCUGGUCCGACUCGGCUGUGUUGUGACUGUCAACAGAGACUUCUCCAAGGUCAUGGCUGGCAGGGAAACUGACACAUUUGACCUGGACAACUUGGAGUUCCGGACAUUGGCCCAGUUCUCCUACCUGGAUCCAGGCACCAUCAAACACCUGUACAUCUACCACCAUGUGUGUGGGAACAAGAUGAUGUUUGGCUUGUUCUUACCGGGGUCGAAGAAGGGGACGAUCUUCGUGGUGGACACGGUGCGUAGUGACCAGAUGCCAAACGUAGGAGCGCUCUACAACGCUGAGAGAAACACCAAAGUGACAAAAGGUGCUGAUGAGACAGCACUACCUGAAGCUGGCUACACAUUCGAGGUGAAGCUGGAGAAAGAUGUCCGCCAGGCCCACAGAGCCAUCCAGAGGAUGUUGUCCGCAUACAAGGAUGAGAAAAGGGGGCCAACAUUCAUCGCCGUCCAGUCUCCUCAAGACUUCUCCCACCUGACCUCCGUGAUGCCAGGCUUGUGUGACUUCCCCUUGGUGCCGAUCCACAUCACAGACAGUGAGAACCUGUACAAUGUCUUGGACUGGCAGAGAGUUGGAAGUCGUCGGAUGCUGCAGCACUACAUGAAUUGUGAGAUCAUCCUCCAGGCAAUGAUGGAACAGUGCCGCUACCUCCAUAUCCCUAUAGGAAACAUGCCAAGGGACAUAACUCUGUUUGGCUGUGAUCUGUUCUUCGCCCGGCAUCUCCACAAACACAAUCAUCUGCUGUGGUGCUCGCCGACCGAGAGGCCCGACCUUGGCGGCAAGGAAGCAGACGACAACAGACUCUGUAUGGAGCUUGAGGAGAGCUCUUCUGUGGAAGUUAACAACAUCGGUUGCUACCCCACGGUGUGUGUGGAGCUUGACAUAGCCAGUCUUGCCGUCAACACUAUCAUUGAGUCUGCCCAUGUCAACGACCAGGAAGGAGCAAGUGCGGUCAGUUUCGACACAAUGCCGCAGACUUCUCUGGAGGACAUGAUGCAGGGCCAGGGUGCAGCCACCAUGCUGGCUAGCUAUGACGAGACAGCUCUGUGCUCCUCAACGUUCAGGAUUCUUAAGAGCAUGGUCCACAGCUGGGUGAGGGAAGUGACAGCUUAUGGCAACGUGUUUGCAGACAACCAGAUCAUUCACUUCUACAGAUGGUUACGAUCCCCGAACGGUUUGCUGUACGACCCUGCACUGAGACGAACGCUGCACAACAUGAUGAAGAAAGUCUUCAUGCAGCUGAUCGCAGAGUUCAAGCGACUGGGGUCACAGAUCGUCUACGCCAACUUCAAUCGCCUGCUACUAUGUACAAAGAAGCGCCGCCUGGUGGAUGCUUUGGCGUACGUUGAGUACAUCACAAACAGCAUCAAGUCUCGCGAGCUCUUCCACCUUGUUGAUAUCACUUAUGAACAGUGUUGGGAAUUUCUCAUGUGGCUUGAUCCGGCCAAUCAUGGGGGAGUGCGAGGCAAGCUGCCAUCCCUCCCAGGGGGCAACAAGACACAGAAGGCUGGGGGAGAGGAGCGACAGGAUGAGGACGUGGCUGUUGAGGACGACGAUGGAGAGGAGCUAAACAAGUCUGACACUGAGGACGAGCCAGAAAUAGAGAUGAACUGGAAUAUUGUCCACUUCCUCCCUGAAGCUGCAGCAUGUCAGACAAAUUUCAGCAUGAUAGUGGCUGGCUACAUCCUAUCCGUGUACAACCAGAUCGAUGAGGAACAGCGUCGCCUCACGCCGGGAAACACACCUGUCAGACGACGAGGCAGCAGCCAGACACAGAAACACCUGGAUCCUUCAGCCAUGCCCUCAACUGUGUCGUUUGCUCAGGAUCUUGUCCAGGGGGAACUUGCACAGCAGAUGUUUGCAAUUACCCAAAAGAUUCAGAAAAAGCUUGCAGGAAGUAAGAGUAACCAAGGCAACCUAGCUGCCGAGUUCCCCCAGCUGCCUGGCUCCCAUCUCCCCCUCAACAACCCUUCCCUGGAAUUUGUCAAGGCCGUUUGCAAGGUGUUGGCCCUGGACAGCAAUGUGACAAUCCAGGUGACGAAGCUGAAGCGGGACCUGCUAAAGCUGAUCGGGGUCGGGGAGUUUUCUCCGGCAGCUCAGUUUGCCGACCCGUGUCUCUCAUACGUGCUACCAGAGGUGAUUUGUAAAUCAUGCAACCACAUCCGUGACCUUGACCUAUGUCGUGACCCAUACCUCAGUCAAGAUGGUUCAGGGAGUGUCUGGUCCUGUGUGCAGUGCCGGGCUGAGUACGAUGUGGACGAGAUUGAGCAGAGCCUAGUAGACGCGGUACAUCGGAAGUCCAUGGCCUAUAUUCUACAGGACCUCAAAUGCACCAAGUGUAAAGGGGUGAAGGAGAACAACAUGAAGCGGUACUGCUCCUGUGCUGGGGACUACACAAACACUGUGUCCCUGUCCGACUUUGGCAAACAGCUCAAGACUUUCUCAGGAAUAGCCAGCCACUACAAGAUGACAUUGCUGACCGAAACGGUGGAGUGGCUGCUGUCCAUGAAUCCAAAAUUAUCAGUCUCUCAAGUCACCAGCUAGUUGCCAGGCAACAAAACAUAACCUGUGCCUUUUCAAGAUGUGAAUGUGAUGUCUCUCAAGUCACCAGCUAGUUGCCAGGCAACAAAACAUAACCUGUGCCUUUUCAAGAUGUGAAUGUGAUGUCUCUCAAGUCACCAGCUAGUUGCCAGGCAACAAAACAUAACCUGUGCCUUUUCAAGAUGUGAAUGUGAUGUCUCUCAAGUCACCAGCUAGUUGCCAGGCAA